GCUUGCGUCCGCUAUACGUAAUUGUCGGACAAUAACGUCGCUGUCUUGCGCUGUCUCUAACGGAGCGAAAAACGCGCCGCGACACGGUCGAUCGGGUGAAACGCGGUAUCGUCGAGUGUGACGGAACGAUACAUACGGAGAGCCAUGAAAGAGGAGCCGCGCGAUCGUUCGUCGGAAUCAUCGAUCGAGAAUAAUUUCAGAGUAGAGUGAAGAAGAAAAAAUAGAAAAAAACGGGGCCAGGAAAGAAACGCAGAAAGGGCCCUGUGAAAAAACACAGAGAGAGAGAGAGAGAGGGGGGAGAGUGAGCGAGCGACGAACAAGAUAAAGAAAAAGAAAGAGAGUGAGAGAGAAAGAGAGAGAGAGAGAGAGAGAGAAAGACAGAAGAGAAAGAGAGAGAGAUAGGGAGAGUGGGACGAAGUGUCGGUUAUAAUAGUCGCAUAACACGCGAUCCUGGUGGUGGGCACGUCUCGACGGCGCCAUAAACCGUGUGCGCCAUUCGUUCGGCAAAGCAGGUCGUUUCCGCGGAAGGGCAGAUGCCCUUACGCGGUACAUCGUAUCGUUGGUGGUUUCGUUCUUGCACGUCCGGAUCGCCUCAUUUCGCAAGAUCCGGCACGGUUCUAUCGUCCUUCGCGUUUCCACGUUCCUCGCGUUUUCCAUAUUUCACGACGAACUGUCGGCCGCCCCCCCGUGGGGGGCAAUUCUCUCUCUGUCGACGCCGUCGUUUUCCUUUUAUUUCGGAAAAAAUUGUAAUACCUACGGCAAUAAACAAAAAUAGCGGAGUUGCCGAUACGGAUUUAAUUGCAGCGCCGUUGAGAGGCAUAAGAAAAAUAAUAACGACAACGACGACGACGACGACGACAACGUCGUCGAAAACACCGAUAACGACGUCGAAGACGGAAGCUACUACGACGACGACGACGACGACGACGACGACGACGACGACGACGACGUCGACGGGCAAAACCAAAGCAAGAGGGAUAAGAAGAGUCGAGAGGACAAGAACGACGGGAGAUAGAAGAACGAAUAGACGCCUUUUAUUCGGGAUAAAUACGGCGAGCAUAGGGAAAACAACGUCAACUUCGAGAACAAGGAAGUGGAGGAGGACGAAGACGAGAACAAGGAGGAGAACGACGAUAGCAGCGAUAGCAACGCCACCAGUGCGGUCGCCAUCAGCAUCGUGAAGCAGUUGGCUGUACGACGUGAAGAGAAAGAAGGAGAGGAAAUGCUCGUAGGUCCGCGAGCGGCGGUACGAUCAAAUAUGGAGGCUCGGCCGGCCCUCUAAACGCGUUUGUGGACCUUUCCUCUCUGUGUCUGCAUAACCAGCCGCCGUGCGCGCACGUGUGCCGUCGCGGCCAACUAUCGAGUCUGUUGCUGUUGCUGCUGUACCGUUUCUCCUUCGUGCUACUCGACUUCCUUCCCCUUACUUUAUUCUAUUUUCUCUCUUACUAUCUCCCUCCGUCUAUAUCUCUUAUUAGUUUCUUAUUCUCGAGCCUCGUCAAGCUGGAGAAUGGAGCUCCGCGUUGGAAAUAAGUACCGGCUCGGACGGAAAAUCGGGAGCGGCUCCUUCGGGGAUAUUUAUCUGGGUACCAACAUCUCAACUGGCGAGGAAGUCGCCAUCAAACUGGAAUGCAUAAAAACACGGCAUCCCCAACUUCACAUAGAAUCGAAAUUCUAUAAAAUGAUGCAAGGAGGUGUUGGUAUUCCUACGAUAAAGUGGUGUGGCUCGGAAGGAGACUAUAAUGUAAUGGUAAUGGAAUUACUUGGCCCGUCGUUGGAGGAUUUAUUUAAUUUUUGUUCCCGGCGAUUUACUUUAAAGACUGUGUUACUCCUUGCGGAUCAAUUGAUAAGUAGAACGGAUUAUAUCCACAGUCGAAACUUCAUCCAUCGAGAUAUCAAGCCAGAUAAUUUUCUGAUGGGUCUAGGAAAGAAAGGAAAUCUCGUAUACAUCAUAGAUUUUGGUUUAGCUAAAAAAUAUCGCGACGGUCGUACACACAAACAUAUACCUUAUCGAGAAAACAAAAAUUUAACUGGAACAGCCAGAUACGCGAGUAUAAACACACAUUUGGGAAUAGAACAGUCACGACGAGACGAUCUUGAAUCUCUAGGAUAUGUUCUGAUGUAUUUCAACAGAGGUAGUUUACCGUGGCAAGGAUUAAAAGCAGCUACGAAAAGGCAAAAGUACGAGCGCAUUUCGGAAAAGAAGAUGUCAACGCCCAUCGAAGAAUUAUGCAAGGGUUAUCCUAUCGAAUUUGGCUCCUAUCUGAAGUACUGUCGGGCAUUGAGAUUCGAGGAGAGGCCCGAUUAUUCGUAUCUUCGGCAACUCUUCCGGACAUUAUUCCAUGGUCAGGGCUUCACGUACGAUUAUGUCUUCGAUUGGAAUAUGUUGAAAUUUGGCAAUACCAGACAACCGACCUUGCCUUCGGUACAGCAGACACCUAUGCACUCUCAGCCGACGAACGCAGCGCUGCCAUCUGGAACUAAUAACGAACAGGAGCACAGAUCAAGGCCGUACACUCGACAGUGUCUGGCGAACGCGUCGGUCGCAACGAUGGGUCAAACGGUAGGAGGAACGUCGUCGAAUCUGAGAACCAUACGGCAAAAGCGCCGCGAAGCGUUGGAUGCUCACGGUGACCAGGACAAUCAGGACAAGAGCGAUCUGCAAGCAUCGGGUGCAGGUGGCCAAGAACGAAGGGUCAGCAUGCGGUUGCACCGUAGAGAUGCAGCUUCAGCUGCAGGAGAAAUGCAGUCCAAAUCCAAUUUUGGAAGCGCCAAUGCGACGGCAAUGGCCCCACCCACCCUGGUGGCCAGGCGGGCAAGCGUUCCACACAACAAGUGAACCAGCAACAGCAAUAGCAGAAUCAUAAUCAUCAUCAUCAUCAUCAUCAUCAUCAUCAUCAUCAUCAUCAUCAGCGACGUCGAGGUGAAGCUAGCAGCAAUCGUCGACAAGCUACGUUCCUACACGGUCAGCGAUAGGCUUCUUCGCCACGCAGUGAAAAUUGCAGUGUCGUUUGGUGUACGGUGACAACGAGAAAUAGAGACAAAGAUAGAGAUAGAAAUUGCAAUGAGAAGAAAGAAAGAAUGGAAGGGAGGAAGAAAGAAAGAAAAAAAGUAUGAAUGAAUGAAUGAAUGAAUGAACGAACGAAUGAAUAAAUAAAUAAAUAAAUAAAUAAAAGGGAGAGAAAGAGAGCAAGAAAGAAAGAAAGAAACACGCUUGCAAAUCUUUCAAAUGCGUUGUCAACAGCUGCGUUAUCUAUAUAUAAACGUUUUUUUAUUAUUUAUAGGAAAGAGAGAGAGAGAGAGAGAGAGAGAGAGAGAGA